AUGAGUCUACACAAGGGCCCACUAGAUCAGGAAGACCAAGAAGCUAUUAUUUUAGAUGCUAGAGCGGGCGAUCUAGAGUCGCUGGAAGACAUUUUUACAAACUUGAUCGACCCUAGCACGUUAACCGAAUGCUACGAUGAGCUUUCAAGCUCUUCACCUCUACACAUGGCUGCCGCCAACGGGCACUACGAAGUUGUAAAAUACCUUUUGAGCAUUGUUCCUAAGGACAAAGUAAAGGCAUGGGUGAACAAACAAAAUGGAACUGGUAACACUGCACUACACUGGGCCUCGCUCAACGGUAAAUUGGACAUAGUGAAGCUGUUAUGUGAGGAGUACGACGCCGACCCAUUUAUCAAGAACAAAUUUGACCACGACGCGAUUUUUGAAGCCGAGAACAACGGCCAAGAGGAAGUGGAGACUUACUAUUUGAAGAAAUACGACGUUGAGCCAGAGGCUAAUGAUGACGAUGAUCAGGAUACAAGUGCGUCGCAAGAGCCAGCCAGUGUCGACAAUGUAGAGAUCAAGGAGGGUACGGAAAUCGAGCAGGUCACCAAGGAAGCCACAGAGGCUCUAAGAGAACAGACCGAAAAGCUUGAGAUUAAAUAG